UUUGAUAUAUGAUUGAAAUGAAACAUUUGUACAAUAUUUCAGAGCAAAUAAAGAUGAAUAACAAUAAUAAUAACGUGAGACGGGAUGAGGAGUCGCCCAUCUCUUCAAACCUAAAACAAUUGAUUAAGGAAUUGAUGGCCGAACUGUUGGGCACUUAUAUGUUAAUGUUAAUUGGAUGCUCUGCGACGUGUGCCUAUGUCCUCAACAUUAAGGGCAUACCAGACAAACACGUGGACUACGCGGGUGUUAACUAUUGCUGGGGGUUUGGGGCCUUUGUGGGCAUAUGUGCCUCAAUGGCUAUAUCUGGUGGUCACAUAAACCCUGCUGUUUCCAUAGCGUUUGCAACAUUAAAACGGUUCCCGUGGCAAAAGGUGGGCCCUUAUAUAUUGGCCCAAGUGGUGGGCGCAUUCCUGGGCACUGCCACCGCCUAUCUGGUGUACGUCGACCAGAUUAACACCCAGCACGAUUUGGAUCCCUUGAGAAAUAAUACAGAUUUACGCGCGUUUGGUCACGCGCUCAGCACUGGUGGCAUAUUUUCCACUUACCCGGCACCGCACAGUACCCUGUUAGUUUGUAUUAUUGAUCAGGUGGUGGCCACGUGUUCGCUACUAAUCUCGGUGUGUGUAGUGGUGGACAAAAAUAAUCUGAAUGUUCCCAUGUAUUUACAACCAUUUCUAUUGGCGUUUGUGAUCGCAACGCACGCCCAGGCCUUUGGUUUUAACACCGGGUGCGGUAUGAAUCCGGCCCGAGAUUUUGGGCCCCGACUAUUCACAGCAAUCGCCGGCUGGGGUUUCAAUGUGUUUAGUCCAUUAGACGGCCACUACUGGUGGACCGUCGGUAUAGUUGGUCCGACAAUAGGCGCAGUGCUCGGCGUUUGGAUCUACUAUUACGCCGUCGAGUAUUUCUAUUCGCCGCCCAAACCGGUCGACACAAUCAUCGAUGGUAUUCACGAACGCAAACCUGUAUUUGACGGCCCCGUGUUUGGCCGCAAACCGCUGACCGGUUUGCCGCUCGACCGGUGUCUCUCCCGUUUGGGACAACUCUCGCACUUCGACACGUAUAAUAAGGAGACGGUAUGCGAUGGAGUGCUGGUGGACCUGGAGUUGUGCGACACCGCGGGUCUGGACGACAUGCGACGGCUCCGGUAUUUGACAUACUUGGAGACCGACGUCUUCAUUGUCUGCUUCUCUAUUGUGUCGCCGAAAACAUUUCACAACGUUAUCAACAAAUGGAUACCAGAGAUGAAGGAAAGUCUGCCCAAUAAGCCAUUCAUCUUAGUUGUCGCCAAUAACCGCACACUUGACGGGCAAUGGGAAUACUUCGAGACCGUCGCCCAACGGUAUGGGUCGGGACUCUGA